AUCCCAUGUUCUGCGCUAAGACUUUUUUUCUCCUCGUGGUUGACUGAAAAUUGUCAUUUCAUUUUUUAAUUAAAAUAAGUGUAAAUAAAUUUGUCAAUCAAUAAAUUAUUUUUCUUCAAGUUUUGGAAUUUUUUUUAAAAAACAAAACACAAACAUGUUUCCGGGCUCUGCCCCAAUCGUUGUUCUCAGUGAGAACACAAAAAGAGAUUCUGGAAAAAAAGUUCAGAAGGAAAAUAUACAAGCUGGAAAGGCUAUUGCCGACGUAAUAAGAACAUGUCUUGGCCCACAAGCAAUGUUAAAAAUGUUGAUGGACCCAAUGGGUGGAAUAGUAAUGACCAACGAUGGAAAUGCAAUUCUCCGUGAGAUCACUGUUCAACAUCCAGCGGCAAAAUCAAUGAUUGAAAUUGCCCGUACUCAAGAUGAAGAAGUUGGCGAUGGUACAACAUCGGUUAUUGUUCUCGCUGGUGAAAUUCUCGCCACUGCUGAACCAUUUCUCAGUCAAGGAAUGCAUCCAACAGUCAUUAUUCGUGCAUAUCGUCAAGCACUUGAGGACAUGGUGACUGUAUUAAAUGAUGAAUUAAGCCUUGAACUUGAUCGUGCCGAUAGAAAGAAACUUGCUGAAGUUGUAAAAUCAUGCGUUGGUACAAAAUUCAUUGGUAAAUGGUCUGAUCUUGCAUGUGAAAUUGCCCUUGACGCUGUACACACUGUUAUGUUGGAGGAGCAUGGACGUCGUGAAAUUGAUAUUAAACGUUAUGCAAAAGUAGAAAAAAUACCAGGUGGCAGUAUUGAGGAUAGUUCCGUAUUAAAAGGUGUAAUGGUCAAUAAAGAUGUGACACAUCCAAAAAUGCGUCGACUUAUUAAAAAUCCACGUAUUGUACUUAUUGAUUGUCCAUUGGAAUAUAAAAAAGGUGAAUCACAGACAAAUAUUGAAAUAAUGAAGGAGACGGAUUUUACAAAAAUUUUAGAAAUGGAAGAGGAGAAUGUGAGAAAAUUGUGUGAGGAUAUUAUUGCAUUAAAGCCAGAUGUUGUAUUUACGGAAAAGGGUGUUUCCGAUUUGGCGCAACAUUAUUUGGUGAAGGCAAAUAUAUCGGCUGUUCGUCGUUUAAGAAAAACUGAUAUCAAUAGAAUUGCACGCGCAUGUGGUGCAACUGUUGUUAAUCGUACCGAUGAAUUGAGAGAGGAGGAUGUUGGUACUGGUGCUGGAUUAUUUGAAAUUAAAAAACUUGGUGACGAAUAUUUUUGCUUUAUCACUGAAUGCAAAGAUCCAAAGGCAUGUACAAUUAUGUUGCGUGGCGCCAGUAAAGAUGUCCUAAAUGAAACUGAGAGAAAUCUUCAGGAUGCACUUCAUGUUGCAAAGAAUCUUUUAAUGGAACCUAAACUUGUGCCAGGUGGUGGUGCAGUGGAAAUGGCAGUAUCACGUCUUAUAACUGAAAAAGCGGCAGCACUCGCUGGAGUUGAACAAUGGCCUUAUAAAGCAGUUGCACAGGCACUUGAAAUAAUUCCAAGGACUUUGGCGCAAAAUUGUGGUGCAAACACAAUUCGUACAUUGACAGCGUUACGCGCUAAACAUGCAUCAGGUGGUACAUCAUGGGGUAUUGACGGUGAAACUGGUCAAUUGGUUGAUAUGAAAGAACGUGGAAUUUGGGAGCCACUUGCUGUUAAAUUGCAAACAUAUAAAACUGCAAUUGAAACGGCAAUUUUAUUAUUGAGAAUUGACGAUAUUGUUUCUGGUAGCAAAAAAAAGGGCUCUGAUAAUGCACCAGCUCAACAAAAUGCACAAGUGACAGAAGCGUCUAUGCAAGAAUAAUGAAUAAUAAUAAUAAUACACAUGCGAUAAUUACACGAAUUUAAAAAAUUUAUCGCUAUUAUAAAAUAAUUGAAUUUUUACACUCAUCACAUCCAUUAUUUGCUUAACUUAUAGUUUAUGUUAUAAAGAAUACACUGGCAUUUUCAAACAGCGGCAUUUUUACGAAAUUAAAAAUUUAUAAAAUAUUCAUAA